AUGCUAAUACACACACUGCAAACCCAUUCACCUGUGGGGUAUAAUCCUGGCCCAUCAACAUCAAACAUGGCCAUUGAGGAGUCAGAACUUAAAAAAAUCAGCAUUUUUUUCAACUUACCACAAAUACUGGCAUCCCUCUCCAAUUACGGAAUCUGCAUCCACCAGCAGGUCGACCUCAGUAGCCACCCAAUACUCUGCCUCAUUGGGAUCAAAAAAAUGUAAAAAGAAGUCACAGGCAGAACAAGCCUAUGCAAGAUUUGCCAAAGCAGCUGAUGAGCAGAACCAGAGGUGGCUUCCGCUGAAAAAAUGCUACACAGAUUCGCGGAAAAUAUUGAUAGAAGCUUAAACAACUUUUUGGAGGAAAGAAAAAUGACGAAUAGUCUGCUGGCCCAUAAAAACGCAAUUUUAUCUGAACUUCUAACAACUAUUAGUGAAAAAGCGAAAUAGAAUUUAAAAAUAGUUUGUUUUGUAUUUUGUAGUUCUGUUAGUUCUUGCCUGUGAACUAUCUGUCUUGUUUGUUUCUUUUAUGCCUUGUUCAACGUAUUUAUGUUUAUAUAUAUACAUAUUUUUUAUCGGAC